AUGAUAGGAGUCUUCGAUUUCAUGAUUCUCUCGCUAUUGGGAUACCUAGGAUUAAUCUUAUUCCCCAGAAAGAAUUCAAAUUAAGCAGUUUUUGCUGCUUGCUUUGGAUUCCUAUCGUACCUACAUAUAAAAAGAAUGAUUGAGGAUUACGGGGGUUGGAGAGUUGAUACCGCCACAAUGUGCAUGAUUUAAGUUUGCAAAAUAACCUCUGUUGGCUUUGCCUACAGGGAUGGAGAGGUUACGAAAGAUGAAGAAGAUAAGUUAUUUUCACAUCAAGUAAAAGCCAAGUUGGUCGAGCGACCAACAUUUUUGGAAUAUUUUUCCUAUAAUUUCAGCUGCUGCGGCUGCAUGCUUGGGCCUUACUUUGAAUACAAAGACUUUAUCAACUUGAUGAAUAGAUCAGGUGAUUAUGAGAAGAUUCCUAAUACUGUGCUACCUUCUUUGAAAAUAUACGGACAAGCAAUAGUUCUUCUUGCUUUGUUUGCUGGAGUUCAGAUCCUUCUACCACCAAACUUUAUUUUUACUGAAGAUUUUGGAGAGAAAAAUUUCUUCUACUAAUUCGGAUAUAUGUAUCUGAGUCUUUCCAAUAGAAGAUUCUAGUUCUAUGCUGCUUUUAGAUUAUUAGAAUCAUCAGCAGUAGCGAGUGGACUCGGAUUCAAUGGCUACGUUGACAAGGUACCCUAGUGGGAUAGAGUCAUAUGUGGAUACGCCUGGUUAAUUGAGACAGUCUCAGAUCCCUCAUUAGUUAUCAAGAACAACAUUUUCUUCAGAUCCUUUAGAAAAGGGGAAAGCCCCGGAUUCUAGACUAAUCUCAUAGUGAUGCUAGUUUCCGCUCUUUGGCAUGGCUUCUACCCGAUCUAUUAUAUAGUUUUCAUCCAACUAGCUAUUCUAGUAGAGAUUGCUAAGGAUGUUUAGAGAUAUGGAUCAUUUGUUAAUAAACUUGUUCCAAACAGUAUCGUCAGAUAUUUGCUUGCUCAGUUAUUCACAAAGUAUAUCUACAGCUACCUAAUCUUGAUCCAUUUUGCAUUGCUAUUAGAUAAGGCAUGGAUAGGUGUGAAAAAUCUCAAAUUCAUACCACCUCUUAUGCUAUUAUCUCUCUUCUUAGCAUUCAAGGUAAUAGUACCAAGAGUGGCCAAGAGAGAUGUGAAGCAUAUCAUCCAAAAUGCUAAUACAAUAGCUACUAAAAAGGAUAAUUGA